UCCAAUUCAGUUCUUCCCCAAUUCAUAUCAAGGUGAAGUGUUUAUAUGGGCAUGAAGGUGCAUUGUUGAAAACUGAUGUCAUUGUUCUGGAUUGUCAUUCGCCAAUUAGCUUAUUUUGAAGAAGCGAUGGCCACGUCAAAGAAAGUAAUCACCAGAGAAGAUUGGGAGAAAAGGCUCAAUGAUGUAAAGAUUAGAAAAGAGGAUAUGAAUAGAUUGGUAAUGAAUUUUCUAGUUACAGAGGGUUAUGUAGAAGCUGCAGAAAAGUUCAAAAUGGAAUCUGGGACGGAUCCUGAUAUAGAUCUUGCUACCAUCACCGACCGGAUGGCUGUUAAAAAGGCUGUGCAGGCUGGUAAUGUGGAGGAUGCAAUUGAGAAGGUUAAUGAUUUGAAUCCUGAGAUAUUAGAUACAAAUCCACAACUCUUUUUCCAUCUCCAACAGCAAAGGCUGAUAGAGUUGAUAAGGAAUGGAAAGGUCGAAGAAGCUCUGGAGUUCGCUCAAGAGGAACUGGCUCCAAGGGGAGAAGAAAAUCAAGCCUUCUUAGAAGAACUGGAGAAGACUGUUGCAUUACUGGCUUUUGAAGAUGUUUCUAACUGCCCAGUUGGAGCGCUUCUAGAUGUAUCACAGCGUCUAAAGACCGCAAGUGAGGUAAAUGCGGCAAUUCUCACCAGCCAAAGUCAUGAAAAAGAUCCAAAGCUUCCAAGCCUAUUGAAAAUGUUGAUAUGGGCACAGAACCAGCUUGAUGAAAAAGCAGUAUAUCCUCGCAUAACCAAUCUUUCUACGGCGUCACUUGAAAAUCCUGCUGUCUGAAAGAUGAUCAAAGGCAAGAAGACCUUGUACUCUUUUUCUUUAAACCACUUGUUGCUGGUAGAUUCAGUUUUAUUUUAAUUUUUAUUGUUGCUUAGGCAUAUGUUAGAUUGGCAGCAGGAUGUGCAGUUAUUUACUCUAUGUACACAGGCCGAGUUGGACCCUCCCACAUCAUGGUUACACAAACAUGAAUCCAUUUGUGCUUUUCAUUAGUGUUGUGUGGAAACUGGAAUUUGUGUGACUUUUCAGAACUUGUGAAUUUGGUGGUACAUGUACCUUAUUUAGUUCCA